UCGAGGCAAGUCGAUGCUCACGCACGCCUCGUGCGUCACGACUACGUCUUCAGCUCUGGACAGGCCGUUUGGAGCGAUUCUCCUUCCGGCGAACGCUAGAGUGAAUCAUUUGCAUCAGAUCGACCCUCUAUCUCGGAAUGGCACGUAUACAAUUGUCCGAUUCUGGAAUCGGAAGACGUUGUUGAUCGAUCAAUCGGGUCGAGAAGUUAUCUUAUGUGAUUCGUUGUGACGAGUAAUCGAUCUAGAGCUAAUUAAGAAAAAACACUUGUUAAAUUUAACUCGAUACUGUCAAGUGAUCCGGAUGACUUAACGCAGCGACGUGAAUGACAAACUAGGUGACAGUGCAAUUUGAAGGAGAACAGUGCCGAUAGACUAAAACGAUAUCGUCGACGGUUCGAAAUCGGUAAGUGCUGAUGAAAGUCUCACCGCGAGAGUGAUCAAUUCUGGCACGUGUGACAGGCGACCGCGAUAAGCCGGUUAAACACAGACUUUCGAAACGUACGCAAUCGAGAUAGACCGAUCGAGUGACGGUUGCUGAACUGAUCGGACUCUGAUAGAUGUGAUCGCCCAUAAUCGUUCAUUCGGUAUGCACAAUCGUGAUCUGGAAAAAUAAUGCGGAGGUGUGCCAAUGUUUAAGAACUUUUAAGAAGUCUUGUGACAUUUAUUCCAGGAUUAAACGAUCGCUUGGCAAACAGUGGGAGAUCUCGAACUUGUUUUCACACUCGCGAGUAACAAAUUCGUCGUUCCAUUGACACGUAAUCGUGCAAAAGUGAGAGGAACGCGCGGACUCUUAUAUAAAAAUAAUUAAUAAUUGAACGAGCAAGGAAAAGGAGAAAAAGGAAAGCGGAAAUGGCCGGCGGCUUCGCUCUUAUGCGCGGCAAUUAUGUUAAGUGGCCAAUUAGCAAUUAACCAGGGAGCCGAGCCGAGCGGCCCCCUUAAUUGCGCCUGGGAAGAAGGUGGUGGCGGAGGUGGAGCGACCGAGUGAACGGGAGGAAGUGCAAGGUGCAUCACCGACGUGAAUAUCUGUCCCACGCGCCAUUUACUUCAGAUUUUCUCUGCGAGCUAUUUCGCCGAUCUGUUCUCCAAAUUGUUUUCGCGCUUUUGCGCGGCACGACGAAGUUCUGCUUCUCUGCGAUCCACUCAUUCAAUCGCUAAGCAUAUUUAUGCUCUCGACGCUAGCGCGAAAAACAUUUCUCGACCUCCUUUGUUGGAAGAUCCACGCUUGAUCGUAACGGGUUUAAGACCAGCGAGUCGAGAAUGUCAAGUAACACGCUCGUCGUACACGCGAGAGGGGAAGAGUGAUCGAAAAAUUCGAGGCCGCCCGGAUUACAGUGAAGUGAAGUUGAAACAGUGAGGGCACGACUUCCUAGCGCUUAGGCUACGUCGUCACCGUCGGCAAGAUUCUGUCUCCUAGGUUCCGGGCGAGUCCUGGGGUGGCGACAGAGGCACCUGCGGGUGCCCGUAGCCCGAAGGAACCACCUGCGUCUACCGUGAUGACGGUCCAUCAUCAGCAGAACCACCACGUGGCCGCUCUCAGUGGCGUCGCCGUGGCCAAUAACGGUCUGAAUCUUAGCAGAAUGUCCGGAUUGGAGGCUCACCGGUUGGAAAACAUUGUCGACCGAAACGGCGUGGCCGUCGAACGUCUCUCCAACGGUUUGGACUCGCGCAACAAUAAUCUCAGCAACAACAACGGACUGGAGAGAGGCGAUGCCUCGACGACGAUGCCGCAGAGAUCCCGGUUCAUGAUCACCGAUAUCCUCGGCGGCGCGUCUAGCAAGAUGCAUCAGACUGGACUGCCUAGCCAGGAGCCACCCGGAAGUCCACCGUCGACGCCGCGGGACCUCAGUGUCAGGCAUCAAUCCAGAACGUCCUUGAGCAACAGUAAUCUGGACGAGGACAGCGAUGCCAGCCACCACGACGGCGCUUCCGUUACGUCCAAUGGUGGCAAAGAGGAUGAUCCUAAAAGCUCGUCCUCGAGUUCCUUGGGCUCCGCGCAGAGUAAGAAGCAGCGUAAAGCGCGCACGGCUUUCACGGAUCACCAGCUUCAGACCCUCGAGAAGAGCUUCGAGCGACAAAAGUACCUCAGCGUGCAGGACAGAAUGGAGCUGGCGGCGAAAUUGCAGCUGACGGACACGCAAGUGAAAACGUGGUACCAAAACAGAAGGACGAAGUGGAAGCGACAGACGAUCGUGGGUUUCGAGAUCAUGGCCGAAAACAAUUUCGCCGUGGCCGCCUUUCAGCAGCUGUACGGCAGCGGCGCCGCGACCAUCCCCGCGCAUCCUGCCGCAGGACGCUACUGGCAGUAUCCUGGCGCGCACACGUUACCUGCGAACGGAUUCUUUUAUCAGCAAGCGUCGGCGGCGGCGACUCUGCAGAAACCGCUUCCCUAUCGCCUGUACCCGCCCACGAUGAUCCUGGCGGGGCCGAGCAAUCCCCUCGGCUCCUUAACGGCGAGCUCCAGCCUGUCGUCUCUCAGCAACUACUACCGGGACGGCCCGGAGAUAGCCGACGGCCGGGAGUCCUCGAGGAAGAGGGACAGGAGCAAGAGCCCGGAGUCGAGGGACAGAUCGCCGAACAGGAAGCCGGCGAGAUUGUAUCCGUUGCCGAUGAUGCAGGCGGGUCCUAGCAAUCCACUCGGCAGCCUCACGGCGACCUCCAAUCUCCCGAACAUGAACAACUACUACAGGGACAGUCCGGAGCUGGUGGAGGGAAGGGAGAGCAUGGAGAGAUCGAGGAAGCAGGAGAGAAGCAAGAGCCCGGACUCGAGAGACAGAUCGCCUCUGAGGAAGGACGCGCGGGCUUAUCCGCCGACGAUGAUCCAGGCGGGCCCGAGCAACUCCCUCGGCACUCUCGCGGCCGGCUCGAAUCUAUCGGGCAUGAACAGCUAUUACCGCGACAGCCCGGAAGUGAUGGACGGCAGGGAAAGUAUGAACCGGACGCGGCAGCGGGACAGGAGCCAGAGCCAGGACAGAUCGCCCAUGCAGAGGGAGGACAGUCCUCGGAGCGUGAGGGCCGACAGCGACGAGGAGAGCAUACACGACAUCUAGGACACGGAGACUCCCGGUGCCGCCGGCGGCGCGUCGAGAACACCGCGCGGCGGGGACGAGAAGAACGACGACGAAUUCUCCUGCGUCCCGCGGGAGAAUUAGAAAAUAAAGUCCUCGCAAGGACGUCUUUGCGACGACGCGAGGAUCGCUUGGGAGCGGAUGAAUGAAGCGGCGAGUGGAUCCGUUUCUCAAAACGUGAUCCUGACUUCUUGCGAAAACGCUGAGUUGUAUGAAUUGAGCAGCUACCCGAAAUCUGAACGGAGGGCUCAAAAGAAGUGACCGACGCGGUAACUCGUUCGCUGAAUAAUUCAGAGCAGUGUCACUUAGCUAGCGAUUGCCAGCCAAUUCCGGACGGGAUAACCGAUCGCUCAAAUUUCAGCAGCUAUUUCUCUCAGCGCCAACAAUUCAUAAAUAAGAAUAAACACGGCGGGAGGUUCGGGAGACAUAAAUCACCGAAUAAUUCGCACGUGGAAGGUUCGUAGAUCAAUCGAUAACACGAGCAUUUAUAUAAUCUUGAAAGGACACGAGCUGUAUAUGUAUAUCCUUGAGAACUUGCACCCAAGAGCCACCCGAAAUCACGCAGCUACCACGAAUACAAUCGAAGAGGAGAAGAGUGCGCGGUGGUCGUGAGACGAGACUGUUUAAAAAGUUAUACGUAUAAGUGUGAAGAAAGGACUAUGAGAAAUUGUCCGAUGUAUUGUCGCAAUUAUUUUGAAAUCUGGAGAAAGCAGCCCGAAAGAAUCUCGCGGAGAUCCGUAACGCGUAGCCGACGUAAGCAGAUGCGAGCGGAAUACACGGGCGGCUCAUUUCGUGAGGUAGAACAGGAAGUGACAUAGCACGGGACAUCCGGGAUUUUGUAGAUAAUGAGAGUGAGCAGGAAAUAUCGUGCGGUUAACCGAACUUCGUGAUUUGAACGUUCAGUGAAUGGCGGGUUACCGUGAAACAAUAUAUUCAGCGUCGAUGCAAUCAGCGUGCAGAGCGAACGAAAGUAAAAAUCCGGCGCUUUCCGAAACGUUAGCCUUCGAACAAAUGUGGAGACUCAUUACUGCGCAUUUGUCGUCCGUUCAUUAUUUCAUUCUCAUUUCUCUGUACGAUCGGCCGAUCAUUUAAAGGGUAUUUAUUUUCCAAUACUUUUAAAAUUCGCACCGUGAAAUUAUUUAUGUUUAUGCGUUUUAUUUUCAUCAUAAUUAUCUUUAAUUAUACUGUGAUAAUUAUUUAAUUCAGAGAUAUAUUGAUUAAUUUUAUUGCAAAGUUGCCUUCUUUUAUAUUCGUAAUUAAAUUAUUUUACCCCGCGAUAUGCGUUUUAGACAUCAAUCGAUUAUUGAGGGUUUUCUUGCGGAAUGCUGUAAGUCAAUUUGUACAAGCGAACAAUACUGCACCGACAAAUAAGUAUUUCGCUGUGCCAAAGCCCCAUGUUUUGCGUUUUAUUUUUUAAAUCUCGCGAUCUUCAAUUAAAUUCUUGGCUCUAAUGUCGAGAAUAAAAGAACGGAUUCACAUCUGCAAGGAAACCAGUCAAUAUUCGCUAGCUGGAGCGAAACAAAAAUAUAUUUUUUCCAAAUUUAUCGCGUUUAUAUUCAAUUAACGGAUGAAAAUAAUCCGUUACCACCCGAGGAAUCGUGCUGGUUAAAGAAGGCAGCUCGGUCGGACGGUUUCGUGCGUCGAGGACGGUUACAGUCGCGCCAGGAAACGAGCCAAUCGCGGACGAACGCGAAUCUACAAUUAAUAUGACAUUAGGGGGAACCUGGCCGCGAGGGAAGAAAUCUAAAAUGACACGAAAUUACACGCGGUCGUCACGAACGACAAAAAAAAAAAGGGAACGGAUCAAGAGGGGGGCGGCAUCGAACGAAGGGAGGGACCUCGACUAUUCAAAUAACCGGCGUUCUCGUGUCGGCAAGGCGAAACCGGCACUUUGCCCGUCGCUCUUUCGGCGGAACGAACGAAUCGGCCGGCUAAUUAAUAUCGACGAGACGAUGAGAUGUAAGCGACGGCGACGGUCCUGAAAAUUGCACGACACCGGCGACCGGUAAUUUACGAACGGAUGCAAGGAUGAACGGAGCGGGGGAAUAAGUCAGUACUUCGGGCGAAAUGACGUAGCAUUGCGAGUGAAAUACAUUACGACGAACAUGCGGAAAGGAAUGUUUGUCAUACAAUUGGUACGAAGCAGUCCUGAUUAUCGUUAAAAAUGACACAAUAAUAUGCGGCUCGCACGAUGAACGACGAUGACGGUGCAACGCUUGCGUCAAACGACGAUUAUAUGUUUCCUCGCGAAACAAUUACACGAAGCAGCGUCUCAAUCCUCUCGAGAUCAGAAUCAUUCCGCAGCUUGCUUGGAAAAUUGCUAGAUUUUUCUGCGAAAAUGAUGAGACUGAAACGCAACUGACACGAACGGAUCACGCGCUAACAAGCCGAAGAGCUCGGUAUCUGAGAAACAGGCUCAUUAGAUCGCGGCAAUUUGCGCGUCGAUACGAUCGACCGAUUAAAUCGACCAGUGGGCGAGAAGUUAGUUUUAUAUGAAUCGAAGGUUCGCCCAUGGAAUUCUUCGUAGCGGCGGAUCGGUUCGUUUGACACGGCCGAUUCUGCAAACCCGUAGAUCUGCGCUAUUCUUUCUGUAAAUACACACAAUGUGCGAUCCAUGUAUGUGGAUGGAAUUAAGCUGUAAAUAUACGACGAAGGGAAAUCGGAGACGUAGGCUACGAGUUCGUCGGAGGACGGGGUGAGUCCGCAGGACUCAAGCCAAGAGAUGAAGCGCGAGAUAUUUCAAAGUAUUUUUCAGAUUUCAAUAUACGUAGCGAAACGCGAGGCGCGUUUUCGAGAGAUCGGACGUCGCGUCGGGAGGACCGCGCGCCUUUUCCCCGCGCUGCUUCGUUUCCGCCGGCGAGAGCACGGUGUUUUGAUGUUUCGACGACGCGACGCGACGCGAUUUCGAUAAGGACAUACCAGUAUUAUAAAUGUAUAGGCUGUAACGAGAGAUGCGGAGACACGAUGCGCCGCCGGCGACAAACUCGACCGGCGCACUUUAGUAGUUAAGUAACGCAGCAAAAGGUACUUAGUAUGAAUCAUGCUUUGUAAAAUAAUGUCUGUAUAGCGAGAAUUAUUAUAUGGAAAA